CCUCGUCAUCACGAUCAACUAUGCGUGUCCCUCGGUGGGUAGAGUCGGUCACCUCGCUUUUCCUUUUCCCCUUCUCUCAUCGUCACCUCCAUCUUCAUCGUCACUACACCAACAGUAGCGGCUUGUGCGGCCCUUUUACCAUCUCGAUCGUCCCCUGCUUUCCUUCCAAAAGAAUCAAAUCGAGGGCUACUCCCUUUUCUCGAUUUCAUCCAUCUUUUAUUUAGUUUUUGCAUUCCCAAUUUUGUAUAUGUUUCUGUGAUUAGAGGUGAACUCCUCCGGAUUGGUGACGAUGUCUUGCACCGACGACAGAGCUUGCCGUUUCUAUCGUCGAGGAAGUGAUUGGUUCUCUAAAACUGGUAUCCCAAGUGAUAUAGUUAUUGAAGUUGAGGGACAAAUGUUCCAUCUCCACAAGUUUCCUUUGUUGUCAAAAUGUGGAAAGAUUGCACAUAUAUCAGAAGUAUCAGAAAAUGUCAAAGAAGGUACACAUCAUAUUUUAUCAGGAUGUCCUGGAGGAGCUGAUGCAUUUCUAUUGGUGGCAAAGUUUUGCUAUGGCUUCAAGGUGGAAUUGUCACCAAAAAACAUCAUAACGGUGCAUAGUAUAGCUGAAUAUCUUGAGAUGACAGAGCAACUUGAUGAGAAUAACCUACUUCCUGAAGCAGAAAGAUUCUUUCAUAAAUUUGUUCUUCACAGCUGGAAAGACUGCAUUGUGGCUCUGCAAAGCUCUGAGGGUUCGCUUCCACAUGCUGAGUCCUUCCCUAUUGUUACCAAGUGCAUUAAUGCUCUUUCCAGGAUGGUUUGUACUGAUCUUAGUUUGUUUGGGUGGCCUAUGAUGAUGUAUGGAAGCUUGCAAAGCCCUGGUGGUAGUAUUUUAUGGAAUGGAAUAAAUACAGGUGCUAAAAUUAGAAGUUCACAAUCUGAUUGGUGGUUUGAAGAUAUCUCAUGCCUGGGAGUGCCAAUGUUCAGGAGACUAAUGGAAGCAAUGUAUGAGAGAGGUGUACGACCAGUAAUUGUAGCUGGUGCUUUAAUGUAUUAUACCGGAAGGUAUUUACGUGGUCUUGAUCGGUGGAUGAAAAAGCAAGGAUCCAGAGAUCUUGCAUUUCUUACUGUGACACCAGCUGUAGUUGAUCACAAAGUGUUACUGGAAAACAUUGUUAGCCUGCUUCCCCAAAAGAAGGGAAAGGCUUAUUGCCGCUUCUUGUUAGGACUUCUAAGGUUUGCUAUUAUACUGAAUCUUUGCCAACAAUCUAAGGAGACUCUAGAGAGAACUAUAGGCAUGCAACUUGAACUGGCAACACUUGAUGGUCUUUUAAUUCCAAACUUCUCAAAAUCUGACAAUCUAUAUGACACCGAUUGUGUUGAACGGAUUAUUCACCAUUUCUUGCAUUCACAGGAGUCAGGCACACCCUUGGCUUGUGGAGACUGAGAAAAUGCAACUUUGCAGCGUUAUAGAUUAUGGAAAA